AUGGAGGCCAUGAAAGGACGAAGCGGUGGAUCUACAGCCAAAAAGGCUGGAAGCCCAGACGAGCCUCGCGAGGGUGAGGCCGGCAACAAGUCGUUUCGACCAGAGCCGGCGCCGGCCAUCGACCAUGGCCCCGACCGAUUUUUCGAGCAAUUUACCAAGAGCUCAAAGGCAGAGGAUGCCAGCGUUGCCGGCGGUGUGGCCGAAGCCAAGAAGGAGGCAGCCAAGGCAAAGGGGGCGUCGCGUUUCACGUCUUUCUUCUCCGCGCAGGAAGACAACCGGCGACAGACAGAUACCCCAACGCAUAGCACCAGUGUGCCACAGCAGUCGCCGCCGUCCGGCGGACCACCGGGGCCAAUCCCCCCGCCCGAUGCAGCCGAGAAGGAAGCCUUUCAGGUCCUGCUGCUGAAGCUACAGCGACAGACACUGCAGGGCAGCAGUGCAUCACCCGGAGCUGCAACCGUGGGAAAUCUGGCAGGGAUUCCGUCUGCCAGCAAAGGAACUCCACCUAGUGUUGGUGGCUACCAGGAGCCUUCGAGCGGAGGUGUGCCGGCGACACACGAGAGUCGCCAGAGGAGCACGAUAGCGUCGCCGAACCCGAUGUACCCUCCCCGACAGGUUGGCCUAGAGCAGCAGAGAGACGACCCGCGGUUCCGGGGCGGCAUGCCACCUCCGGGACCUCCCCUGCCGCAACAGAUCCUGCACGAGAUGCUCAUGCAGCGUCCGUCAGGCCUAUCUUCGAACCAGUCGCCGCCGGCAUCGGUGCGUCCCGAGCAGAUGAUCCAGGAACUGCUGGCCCAGCGACAGCACGCGUCCAGCCAGGAAGCAGGGCUCCGGAUGGGGCCGGGACCCGGACUUGGACCAGGACUGGAGCCCGGCCAAGGACUGCGGUCCUCCGGGCCAGGGCCCAACGGGUCUCUUUCAAGCGCACAGAGCGACUUUCUUGUGCAGUUGAUGCGCAACGGGGGUGAAGCGCGGCGACAGGAAGAGCUGUUGAUGCGGAUGCCGCAGCCGCGGAAGCAGGUGAACAUUCCGUCGAUUCCAGACCGGGCAGCCGACAUGGCAGCCGACUUUGCCCGUGAGAGAGAGCGGAUAAACGGCCCACCCCAGCAGCGACAGCAGAUGCGUCCGGCUCAGUACGUGGACGAGCAGUAUUCCCGACAGGAAGUGGAGAGUCGCCAGCAGACGCAGCCGACACAGAUUCUGCAACGUCCUCCACCGCCUCCGGGUUUGGAGCAGGUGCUGCAGCAUGGACAGCUGCCACCGUUCCUCCAGGUCGGCGGUGGUGGCCGGCUGCCACAGCAACAGCAGCAACAGCAACAGCAGCAACAACAACAGCAGCAGCAACAGCAACAACAGCAGUCCCAGCAGGGCCCUCAACAGCCGAUGAUUCCACCACCACCUGGACUUGGCGUCGGCCUCCAGGGCAAUGCGCCAAAUCGGCAGCAGAUGCCCAACAUGCCCAACGGACCUAACAUGGCAGGACUGCCCAACAUGGCCAGCAUGGCUAACAUGGCCAACAUGCCGAAUCUGGCCAACAUGCCGGCCAUGGGCCUGCACAACAUCCCGCCAAACAUGUUUCCUCCCAACUUUCCGCAGCAGGGUCCGUUCCCGCAGGACGGGAUUCCGGGUGGCCCACCACGAAACAUGCCUCCACCGCCUCCGGGAUUCUAUCCUGGACCGCCCGGAUUCAUGCCGCCACCGGGCAUGGGGUUCCAGGGUCUCCAGGGCAUCCAGGGCAUCCAGGGCAUUCAGGGCCUCCAAGGCAUUCAGGGCCUCCAAGGCCUCCAAGGCCCGCCAGACGGGAUGGGAUUUCCCUUUGAUGGCCGUGGAAUGCCGCCUAUGCCUCCGGGCGUUGGGUUUCGCCGGCCGUAA